GCUUUAGAUCAUGAAUAUUAAUUCAGAGUAUAAUGCUAACAUUUAAAUGCGAACGAGCAACAUGCAGCAGAAAAUACUCUGUCGACUCAUCUUUUAAAUUCGAAAGAUAGAUCGACCGCGUAAAAGAGAUGGAGAACAACUCGGCAAAGCUGCGCAUGGCCACGAAGCAGCUGGUCGCUGCAAGUGCUGUUGAGUGCGGGUUUCACGUGGUCUGUCAAUAAGAGAAAGAUUCUGUUAUUUUCCUCUGCUUAGUUGCGAUUUAAUUUCCUAGUUGUAGUGAGUGUUAUAAUUAAUCGUAGAUUUGUCAUGACUGUUCAAGACAUGGAUAUCUCUUUAAAUAUUUCUACCACCGCCCCGGCGAAAGGUACAUCUAAAAAGACAACAGGUUACAAAAAAGAAUUUUUCAAGCCACAAUUCAAGAGACAGAUGAAAAAAUUGAAUCGAUCAAAGGUUCGGAAUGAUUCCAUAGAAAAAGAUAAUACUGAACUGAUAACUGAUGCUCCUAAAAGUCGAAUCAAACAGAAAUCAUUAGCAGCUAUUGUUAAUAGAAACUUGAUGACACAAAAACUUGCCAAAAAUAUAACAAAAGCUGACCAGAUUUCAAAAAAUGUUAAAGCAACUACGUCGAACUCUAGCUCUGAGAAAUCUGAUUUCAAACACCAGUUUCACGCAUCCGAUUCAGACAAGACUCAGGAGCCAUCGGUUUCAGAUAAACCAAUUGUGUCUUUUGCUGACCCGGGCAAAGGAACUUCUAUAAAAACCAUAUUGGCGCGGAAACGAGACAAGAAUCAUAAUGCUGAUAAAAAAUCUUUAGGAGAUAUCUUUCAGAAAAAAUCUGAUGCGAUCGAUUCUGAAGUCACUUUAGCUCUACCGACAGAGCCAGCUCAAAUUUUAGACAAACCUGAAACUAGGCCAGCUAAUAUCAAAAGAAAAUCGAACGAGCACACUGGUGACUCUCGGGGUACAAAGAAAGUUAAAUUCGACAAUAAUAAAAACUUCAAUGUUGGAAACAGAGACUCCACAAAGAAUAUCAGCGAUAACGUGCAUGCCAACCAACCCCUUCGUGGAGGUGGUGGAAGUAAAAUAUCAUCUUUGUUCGGAAAUAAUCCAGAAAUACCAAACAUUGGACAGAGAUUUGUAAAACCAGUGGAUGAAGCAGUUUUCUCUGUUACGAAAUUCAGUGACUUUGAUCUCCAUCCAUUCAUGGUGCAAAACUUGGAACAAAAUAUGCAGAUAACAAAGUUAACAACUGUACAACAAAAGGCGAUACCCGAAAUUCUAUCUGGCAAAGAUGUUCUUGUACGAUCCCAGACUGGUUCUGGUAAAACACUAGCUUACGCGUUACCUAUAGUCGAAUCUUUACAUAAAAUAAGGCCAAAACUCACAAGAGAAAGCGGACUACGAGCAUUAAUUGUUGUCCCAACCAGGGAAUUGGCUUUGCAAACUUACGAGUGUUUCCUCAAGCUCAUAAAGUCGUUCACGUGGAUUGUACCAGGGUAUCUAGUAGGGGGUGAAAAACGGAAGGCUGAAAAAGCUCGAUUGAGAAAAGGAUGCACAAUAUUAGUAGCUACACCUGGGAGGUUGUUAGAUCAUAUAAAACACACAGAAUCACUGCGCCUGCAUGACGUCCAAUGUUUUGUUUUGGAUGAAGCUGAUAGAAUGCUUGAUAUGGGCUAUGAAAAGGACAUCUCUGGAAUCGUUAGCGCUCUCGAAGAGCAGAAAGGUAUGCCUAGAUUCGGUGUGAAGAAAGUUGUAAAAACCCAAAGCGAAGAUAACAGUAAUUCGGGUUACAAUCCCUUGCAAAUGCUCCGCCAAAACGCAAAGAAAAUAUUCACCGACUCGGAGGUAGACGCCAUGCGUACAGAAACAAUAAAAACCGACGAAACAAGUUCCAUAAACGAGACUUCCGGUCCCGAAAAAUCGCUCGUAACAAAAGAACGGGAGAAUACCGAGAACGUUGACAUCGAGAAAGUGAAACCGUCGAACGUCAUUCAUUCGGAAAUCCGUGCAGAGGACGAUGACGACGAGGACGAUGAUGACGACGACGAUGAUGAGGGCGGGACGCAAAGAGAAUAUCAUUCGGGAACGGAGAGCGACUCGGAUGGGGCGGGGCAAGAUUUUCCGAUUAGAAUGAAGAAAAAUAACCGAAUAAAACCGUUCCUUCCUGUUCCGCGCGAUAAGAAGAAAAUGAUAGCCUCGCAGCAUAGAAUCAAAGAAGACACGGAUGUAAAUUUGUGUCAGGAUGAUGCAAAACCGGAUUUAAUAGCGAACCCCGAACCACCUCGAGAUCAAAACAGAAGACAGACAAUCCUGCUGUCUGCAACUCUGACGCAGGCAGUCGAAAAACUAGCCGGACUCACGAUGGACAAUCCAGUUGUCGUCGAUGCGGCCAGAGAAAAUUUAGAAAGAGCCGGUGGAAGCGUUAGCGAAAUAAACGAAGAUUUGAUCGUUCCGCAAAGCGUUGCGCAAAGUUACGUCGUCACUCCUCCUAAAUUGAGACUGGUCAGCCUGAGCGCGUACAUCGCCGGAAAGUGCCAGGCGGCGGGGCAGCACAAGACUCUCGUCUUCAUGGCGACUCAAGACAUGGUCGAUUAUCACGCGGAAAUUUUAACUUCGGUGCUUUGCCGGCCGUCCGACGACAACGACGAGGACUCCGAACCCCUGGUGGACGUCGAAUUCUUCAAACUCCAUGGAAACAUGACGCAAAAGGAGCGGACCGAGGUCUUCAAGACAUUCAGGGCGGCGAAGAGCGGCGUUCUACUUUGCACGGACGUCGCUGCCCGCGGGCUUGACCUUCCGAAGGUGGACAGCGUGGUCCAGUACACGGGGCCCCUCUCGGCGAGAGAUUACGUGCAUCGUGUGGGCCGAACCGCCCGUGCCGGGUCAUCCGGUUCCGCCGUGAUAUUCCUGACCCCACCGGAAGUCGAGUUCGUUCGGAUGUUGGAGUCGCGAAGAGUGAGGAUACAACAGGAGGACAUGUCGGGAAUACUGGAUAAACUACUCGGCCCUCUGUCGACGCGUAACAGCGUCGAAGCUGCCGCUACCGCCCUCCAAAAUCAAUUCGAGACCCUCGUGUUAGAGGACAAGGAGAUACACAAGAAAGCCUGCAAGGCCUACGUGUCGUGGAUACGUUUUUACGCCAGUUACCCCAGAGAGAUGCGAGAGAUAUUCGACAGGAAGGAGCUUCAUCUGGGACAUUUUGCGAAAAGUUUCGGGCUCAGAGAUCCGCCUCAAAAAAUCGGAGGAAUCGGUAAGACUCUUCAGGACAACGGAAAGAAGAUCCACAACAAUCGCCUCUCCAACGAAAGGCCCAAAAAAGUCUUUCCGCAAAAGCAAGGUGCUCGCGGCGUUGCGGCCAAAGCUGGCGUCCUUAAAAAAGUGCGAAUGCUCAACACCUCCGAAUACGGGAGUGGCUUGGAGAAGGUAAAAAAAACGAAAAAAUUCUGAUCUGCAAUUCAUGUAAUUGAACGGCGUAAGUUCGGAUACAUAUAUGUGACCAGAUCGUAUGAAAGUUGGUAUAAAACAGUUUUGUAAGUAUGAAUAAAUAAAUUUUAUCCCAACGUUGCA